UGCGGUGGCUGUGUGUGCAUUGGUGUGUGCGCCUGUGUCAUGUGCGACUGAUAGCUAGUUUUUCGUCUUCGUCGUUGUGCGCGGGUUUCGCGCUAGCGUUCGGUGUACUCGUUGUAGUGAUCUAAAUGAAGUUUCGCCGAAUCGCUGCUAGAUUCAAGAGCCGUAUUGUAGUCUCUAUAAUGUUUCAAAAACUAUAGCAAGGUGUCAGAGCAGUCUUCCGUCGUGAACAUGUUGCCAGGGGUAGGUGUUUUCGGCACUGGUAAGUCGGUGCGAGUGCUGGUCCCGUGUUUGCGCUCUCGUGGCUUUAAGGUAGAAGCCAUUUGGGGCCGGACUAUUGAUACAGCGAAGGAAGCUGCUUUGGAACUGGGCAUUCCGUUUUACACGAGCAAGGAAGAUGAGGUCCUUCUCCGCAAAAGCGUUGAUUUGGUGUGCAUCAUGUGCUCUCCUCACCAGCACGCCCAGAUCGCCGUCAAGGCUCUAGGUAUUGGAAAACAUGUUCUGUGUGAUCGCCCUGCUGGUCUGUCACAGUCAGAAGUACUUAAGAUGGUGCGAGCGGCGCAGUACUACCCAACGCUCAUAUCAGUGCUUUGCCACAGUCUGCGAUUCCUACCAGCGUACGUUCACAUGAAGCGGCAGAUACAGGACGGGUAUGUGGGAACUGUGCAGAUAAUUGAGGCUCGAGUACAUUGCGGUUCUCUUGUUCAUGACCGCUACGACUGGACUUGCGAAGAGUCCAUGGGAGGUGGUGUACUGUCCACAUUUGGCAGUCACAUAAUCGACAUAGCAGCUUUUGUGACGGGCCUUCGCGCAGUUCGUGUACACGGCUUGACGAGGACAUUGACCAAGACGACGGACACUGUGUGUGGCAUCCGGCAGGUGAGCAGCGACGACUUCUGCACCUUCCAGAUGGAGCUGAGCAACGGAGCAUAUGCAACCGUCACGCUGAACAGCCACUGCGCGGGCCAGUUCAGCCAGGAGCUUCUGGUGUGCGGCACCCGCGGCAAUCUGGUGGUACGCAGCGGGGAUCUGCACGGGCAGCGCAAAGGCGCCAAAGAGGAAGUGCUGUACCUGGACGUUGAGGACUUGAAACAGGCGCCGGACUGCGUGGUACCGAAGCCGCACGCCAAGGGACUCGUCAAGAUGGUUACAGCGCUGCGGGAUGCUUUCGCCUCGCGUGCUCAUGGCCAGGGCUGGGCCAAGGAACCUACCGAAAGUGCUGCUAGUUUCGAGGACGGCCUCUACAUUCAAGCGGUUAUGGAGGCAGUGCGCCAAUCGUCGCAGGCGCGCCAGUGGGCGCGUGUGCAGUUGUUGCAGGACGAGGGCCGCAACAAGGGUGCCUUCUGCUGCCUCUAUCGCAUGGCCAGUGCUUCCAUGUAGCCACUCCUCAGUUUUAUUUAUUGCAAGAUGACGCACAAGUUCUACGCACCUUGCCACCUCCACAGCACAGGGAUGUAGGGGUGCAGCUUCACUUUGCAGGUCAUGCAGAGUUUGCACGGGUGCUUUGUGUAUAUAGCCCUCAUGAAAUUGGUGCCACUAAUUUACAGCUUCUGCUGGACAGAUUUACCUGCCUGCAUUUAUGCAACCUUCUCUUUUUCUUUUUUUCCAGUAUUUUCAUGCAGGUGCAGCUGCCUUUUCAUACUUAUAGAGUAGCAAAGGAUUGAGCACACAAAGUGUGCACAUCUCUUGUUGCCGAUACCUCUUAGUCCAUCAUUUGAAGGUGCCUGAGCAAAAAAAAAAAAUUCAAAGCAGCUUGGUAGUCAUUGGCAAGUAGUGCCACGUCAUAGUCUUCUCGAGGCUCAGAGUGAACGGAAAGUGCAGCUGCACUUAUGCAGGUAUACAGCAAAUUGUAGGUUGUGCUAGCAUUAACGUGAUACAUGUGCCCUCGCUGAAGCUACAUGUGCAUUGUUUGUCCUCUUGUGAUUACAAGGUAGCUGACGAUCUCAGGUUGCUUUUAAUCUUUGCUGUCAUUGUUAGUACCUGUUCAAGUUUUGAAUGAAAUUCUAGUCCUUUUCUACAAGUGGCCUGUAGUGCUUAUCAAGAAAAGGGUGCAGAGGCCCUUUUUGCCAAUGAUCUUGAACAUAUUUUGAGGGAUUUCUGUUUGUGCCCACUGCUGCAUUUAUUUUGUUUGGCAGCUUGUUCUCAUUUAUACACAUGUUUUGCGAGCCUAUAUUGCUUUUUUUUCUUUUUAUAAUUGCAACUCUGACAUGUAACACAUGCACGCACACACGUAUAUAUUAGACACGUACACACACUUGUUUCCUCUAUACACUACGGUGCUUCAAUUUUCUCAUUCUUGUUGUAAAUGUUGCCACUGCAAAAGAUUUGUACUUAAGGUAAUACCCCUCCAGCCAUUAACUAAAAGCAUAGUUGUUAAACAUAUGUUAUACAAUGUUUUAGUGUAUUCCGUAAAGCCGCAAGCCUAUCAGAAUGCAAUAAAGUUCAAGGUAAUUAUUUA